CUCUCUCUCUCUCUCUCUCUCUCUCACUCUCUCUCUCUCUCUCUCUACUGCAAGUGCAAGUUUUUAAUGGUUGCGUGAAGCAGAAGUUUGGAAUAUUAGUGUUUUCUUGGAGAUUUCUAAGUUUUUCUUGAAAUGGGGAAGAAAGAUCAGAAAGACGAUGCCAGGGUUGAAGCUGUUCUGGAGCUUCUCAGAAAACAAGCCCCACUUACAGUAAAGCAGGAGAAGUUCUGCAAUAGGGCUUGCGUAGAACGGUUUCUGAGAUCCAAAGGAGAUAGUGUGAAGAAGGCUGCGAAGAGCUUAAGGGCCUGUCUUUCUUGGAGAGAGAGCAUUAUUGGCACUGAGAAUUUGAUAGCAGAUGAGUUCUCAGCGGAGCUCGCCGAAGGGGUUGCUUAUGUCGCCGGUCACGAUGAAGAAUCCAGACCCGUUUUGAUUUUCCGGAUCAAGCAAGAUUACCAGAAAUUCCAUUCCCAGAAACUGUUUACUCGUUUGCUGGUGUUUACACUGGAGGUGGCCAUUCAAAGCAUGCCGAAAAACGUAGAGCACUUCGUUCUCCUUUUCGAUGCAAGCUUUUUCAGGUCCGCAUCGGCUUUUAUGAACUUAUUGCUGGCGACACUGAAAACUGUGGCGGAGUACUACCCAGGCCGGCUACACAAGGCUUUUGUCAUAGACCCUCCCUCCCUGUUCUCUUAUCUAUGGAAGGGCGUGCGACCGUUCAUUGAGCUAUCAACGGUCACGUUUGUGGUGUCAUCGCUAGAUUUUGAGGAGUCAUUGGAGUUCAACGAUUUCUCAGCCUACCCACGAGCCUCGUCCCUCCGAUUCGACCCUUCGUCCUUAACAUCGGCGGCCAAGAUUGGCUCAUGCUCAUCCUCUCGCUUCUCGUUCACUGUCUCGCACCACUUUGACUCACUCAAGCCUUGGUACCUCAGCUUAGCGGACACGUCAGCCUCGAAAGUAGGACCCACCGGCCAUUCUCCCCUGGGCCCCGCACUCAUCUCCCCGCUCAACGCCCGGUCCCUCUCGUUCGCAUCACCGGCUGCCAGAACGCCACCUGGAAGCAUGUACGGUGGCAGUAACACUAGGCCAACGAGGAAGUCCCUGUUCCCUUCGACCCCAUUGCCACAGCGCAGCACAGGCCGUGAGGAUGGCAAGUCCCCUCACCCGCGGACCCCACGGCCGUCGUUCCUCCAAUCACCGGCCAUGUUCUUUCGCAAGGAGUGCCACGUCAGCAGGACCGACAAGUCCCGUGAGUCGUUUGUGCCGUUUUUGAAGUUCUACAGGAGGCCGUACGAUGAGAUGAUUUACAGGUCAAAGAUGAGGCCCCCACUGGGAGGACUAAUCUCCAUCGUCUCUCCACACCUCAGACGCCGCCACGUGUCCGUAUCCCAACGGUUCUAAACGAAUCAGAGAGUAAAUAGUGAAUUAACAACUGCUAAUAAUUGAUUAUUUAUUUCGCAAUUCAAGUUU